AUGGCGGUCAAAUCGGCGAGGCGGGUGAAGCCGUCGCAGCAGCGGAGUUCUAAGGCUUCAAACAUCAAGUUAUUAAAAAGCCCUAAGGUAGCCUUUGCUUUCGCUUUGCUCCUCUGCGAUGCGGUCCUCGUCGCCCUCAUCAUUGCUUAUGUCCCUUAUACGAAGAUAGAUUGGGACGCUUACAUGUCACAAGUUAGUGGGUUUCUUGAUGGAGAAAGGGAUUAUAGUAACUUAAAAGGCGACACAGGGCCACUGGUCUAUCCUGCUGGUUUCCUAUACUUUUAUUCUGCUUUUCAGUAUGUUACAGGAGGCGAAGUUUAUCCAGCUCAGAUUUUGUUCGGGGUUUUGUACAUUAUAAACUUGGGAAUCAUAUUGUUCAUCUAUGGGAAGACAGAUGUGGUUCCGUGGUGGGCUAUGAGCUUGCUUUGCCUAUCAAAAAGAAUGCAUUCUAUUUUUGUGCUCCGUCUUUUUAAUGACUGUUUGGCCAUGAUGCUCCUGCAUGCUUCGUUGGUCUCACUUCUUCACCAAAGGUGGCAUCUAGGGCUGAUCAUUUUCAGUGGAGCUGUUUCGGUUAAGAUGAAUGUGCUCCUCUAUGCUCCACCUCUACUACUCCUUAUGUUAAGGGCUAUGAAUAUAGGUGGAGUGAUAUCAGCUUUAUCUGGUGCAGCACUGGUCCAGAUACUUUUGGGAAUACCUUUCAUCUUGUCUCAUCCAUUUGCAUACAUCUCAAGAGCGUUUAAUCUUGGGCGUGUCUUUAUCCACUUCUGGUCUGUCAAUUUCAAGUUCGUUCCUGAGCCAAUAUUUGUUUCGAAGGCAUUUGCAAUCUCUUUGCUGAUUGCGCACCUCGGUUUACUUACAGCUUUUGCUCAUUAUAGAUGGUGCAUGCAUGAAGGUGGACUUUUCAAAUUUUUGUACUCUAGACUUGAUCCUAUAAAACUCAAACUUGCUCUUACAAGUUCAUUCUCUUUGAAGAAGUCCUACAAUAGCCAUUCAUCCAUCAAGGUUCUUAGAAAAGAAUAUAUUGUGACAACGAUGUUUGUUGGGAAUUUCAUUGGCAUCCUAUGUGCUCGAUCAUUGCAUUAUCAGUUCUACUCUUGGUAUUUCCAUAGCUUGCCUUAUCUGUUGUGGAAAACACCUUUUCCUACAUUACUACGUGUAAUGUUGUUUAUCGGGGUGGAGUUCUGCUGGAACGUGUAUCCUUCAAGCCUUUACUCAUCGGCAUUGCUUCUUUGCCUCCACUUAGUAAUACUGGUGGGUCUAUGGUCUGCCCCACCUGAAUAUCCUUAUGUGGACAACAAAGCAUUGACUGUAGACAAGGACAAAUGA